UUGAGUUUGAUGUGUUUGAUGUGAUCUAUAUGCGUUCCGAGCACGCGCAAAAAACCAACGAGAUGUAAAAAUCUUAGAGAGUCGUGUCUGACUUCAGAACUCCAAUGCAUGAAAAUAAGCUUUAGGGCGCUGUGUCAAGGUGAAGAGGAGAUUUACGUUGGGGUUAUUGUCUCUGUGGUUUUAUCUGGAAAUGAAGCAGCACUGGUUCAGCAUUCCCGUGCUGCUCCUCGUGUACGUCCAGACUGCUUUCGCUAUGUUCAUCCCCAACGGCACACACCUGGAAGCCAUGAUGGAGAAGUACAUGGAUAAGGAGGACUCGUGGUGGGAAUCCAGGCCGAGGGGCAAGAGGGCGAUCUCGCACGGCGACAUGCAGCUGAUCCUCGACCUUCACAACAAGCUCAGGGGUCAGGUUUAUCCUCCUGCGUCUAACAUGGAGUACAUGGUGUGGGACACCGAGUUGGAGCGCAGUGCAGAGGAUUGGGCUCACGCCUGUCUGUGGCAGCACGGCCCGUCUCACCUGCUCACGCAGAUCGGACAGAACCUGGGGGCGCACUGGGGCAGAGAACGACCUCCGACCUUUCACGUGCAGGCGUGGUAUGAUGAAGUUCAGCACUUCAGCUUCCCCUAUCCACAGGAGUGUAACCCCUACUGUCCCUACAGGUGCUCGGGACCCGUCUGUACACACUACACACAGUUGGUUUGGGCCACCAGCAAUAAAAUCGGCUGUGCCAUCAACGUGUGUUACAACAUGAACGUCUGGGGAAUGAUCUGGGCCAAAGCCGUCUAUCUAGUGUGUAAUUACUCACCACCGGGGAACUGGUGGGGUCAUGCGCCGUAUAAACACGGCCGGCCGUGUUCAGCGUGUCCAUCCAGCUACGGAGGAGGCUGCAGGGACAACCUCUGCUAUAAAGAUGAUGGCAGUCAGAGAUCUUUCGCCCCCGAGCCAGAAGAGAGUAAUUACAUUGAGCCGGAGCCAUCGCACAGCCAAUCAUCUCCACCUGCUGAUCACUCGCACACCCCGACACCAGCGCCGACACCAGCGCCGACACCAGCGUCAACACCGUCACGUAACCACGGCCUGGACAGGAACGAGAUCAUCAACACUCAGCAGAUGUCUCAGCAGGUGGAGUGUGAUGUAAAGUUACGUGAUCGGUGUAAAGGAACCACCUGCAACAGGUAUGAAUGUCCACCUGGUUGUUUAUACAACUACGGAAAAGUGUUGGGAUCGGGAUAUUAUGACGUGCAAUCCGGUAUCUGUGGCGCCGGUUUGCACGCCGGGAUUAUAGACGAUGACGGAGGCUGGCUGGACGUCACCAGAAUCGGCAGACGAAGACGUUUCACCAAGUCCUACCAAAACGGAGUUCAGACGCUGGCGAAAGAGCAGAGCGCUAAUGCCUUCACUGUGUCAAAGGUACCAGUGAAAGCGAUAUCCUGUGACAUGACGGUGGCUGAAUACUGCCCUUUCAAAAAGCCCGUCACACAUUGUCCAAGGUUGUACUGUCCUCGUAACUGCCUCUACAACAGCCACGCCCGCGUGAUCGGGACCCGGUACUAUGCGGAUAGCUCCAGUAUUUGUCGGGCUGCGAUUCACGCCGGUGUGAUUCAGAAUGAUUCGGGUGGAUAUCUGGACGUGAUGCCGGUGGACAAGAGGCGACACUACAGCGGCUCGAACCAGAACCGAGUCACAUCAGAGAGCUUGCGGAAUCCCACCGGAGGAAAAGCGUUCCGAGUUUUUGCGGUGAUCUGAAGCCCCAGUCCAAGGACACACGCCGUAGUGGAGCAGAACGGCCAACAAUAACAGCGUCCCUCACGCUGAGCUGAAAAAUCUCUCAACAGAUACAAAAAAGACAUUAACGCCAGCCAUCUGGCUAAUCGAGAAGCAGCGGACUUCAGCUUUGUGUACACGUUCUGUAUAAUAUCAAGUUGUAAAUGGUUCUUUCUCUAAACGUUUCUGCGGAAGGACACAGAGGCCAGGCGUUCAUUUUUUCUGUCCCGAUUUCUUAACCAGAGAAAAAUGUCUUAGCUAGAUAGCUAGAUAGCAUAGUUUUCCAGGAUUUAUCUCCGCAUUCCUCAUUAUUGCAGUGUAUAUAGAUUAUUUGUAGCUGCAGCUCUGCCCUAACACUUGCUAGCAGAAACCUUUCAAACGUUGGCUGGCGUGCUAGUGGACUUGCACAAUAUAAAUUUGUCGCCAGUAGUUUACACAAUAGUUAGCUUGUAUAGUGCCGCUAAUACUUAAUAAUAACUAACAUUAGCUAGUUUUUCAGUAUAGUUAGUACCUAAUACAGUAGUUAUGCUAACUUUAGCUGAACAUGGAUCGCUAUUAGUGUCAAAUAUCUACUAGUGGAAAGCUAACAUUAGCUAAGCUAAUUAGUGAAGAAGCUGUGCUAGUGUUGCUAAAUCAGAAUAUUCCAAUUCUGCCACUUCGGUUCAUGCUUUAAUUCAAAAGUUGUGAUGUUUCUUUUGAUCAGCUAAUAUACAGGCAGGCUAAUGAAGAUGUAAAAAUGAAAGUUUAAUCAUUCAUGGUGUCUCGGAUAAUAUUAAUAUCUGCUAUAGCUAAUGCUAAUAAGGAGUUGUGUAUAAGAACAUGGGUAAAAGGUUAGCUCGUGUUUCUAAAUCAGAUAGUUUCUAAAUGUUAAUUCUGACAGGAAUACCACUUCUGGCUUGAACUGUGCAUCUAAUGCGUGCUUGAAGAGUCGAAAUUGUAAAAUCAAACUUUCUGAUCCAUGAGCCAGUCGUUAUAAGAUGACAGGACAGAAAAAAGAGACAGAAAAUUAGCAUGGCCUCUUUGUACUUUUGUACACGGUUCUGUUUUUUGUUAACAAGUUCUUCUUCUUUCGUUAUUUUAUUUUGUAAGGGUCGUCUAUCUGUACAUAAAGGUUUCGAUUACUUGCUUACUGGGUUGCCAAUUUAUUAGGUACACCUACAUUGUAUCUAUCCUCCACUUCAUCAUCAUGUUAAGUGUCACUGCUGUAGCGGGAAAAAAUAACACCACACGGAUAUUAUCUGCUCAGUGCUUCCCCCUUUGAUUAUUGAACAAGAUGUAGACGGGUGUCAAUACUUUUGUGCAGAGUAACAGAUCAUACACAGUGCAGCUAUAGCGUAGGUGAACCUGAUAAAACGGCAACUCGGUGUAUAUAACCCGUAUUAACACCCCUGAGUUUUGUUCCUUAUGCGAGGUUACGACGUCCACGAAGUUUCUAUUUUUGUAUUUUUCGUAUCUCUGCCACGGCGGAGUUCGACCUGGCAGGCCAGGAACAAUCGCUCAACACAAUUCGGAUGAUUUCCCACAAGAGGCGCGUGAGAGUGUGUGUGAAAGGGGGAUGAGGGAACUGACGGUGAAACGUUACUACAAGUAUUUAUUAUUCGUCUGUACUGAAUGAAGCUACGCUUCAGUGGGCAUGUGCAGAUAUUUACAUCUUUAUAUCACAAUAAAUGAAUAACCUUUCCUUAUUACUGCUACACAUAUAAACAGAAGGUAAAGACUAAAAAACACUAUCAUAUAUAUAUAUAUAUAUAUAAAGAAUAUACUGUAUAUCUGAUUCGUGUUUAUGUUUUUAGGAAAACAUUAACAGCAUAAGACAAAAUACAUCCACAUAUAUUUCCACAAAGUGUUCAAAACCUGGUCUUGGUUUUCUUUUCCACAAAAAUAAAUACAAUCCGCAAAAUACAAAUAUAUGACGUCUGAAUAUUGUAGUAAACCGUAUAAGAGAUGAUCAGCACAUGCCUACUCAUCAGUCCUUAUUAUCUAUUCCGAAUAAUCCACCUGCAGGGGAAUAUGUCUUAUUUUCUUCAUUAAAAUAAAUGUCAAUAUGAUCAAAGCUGA